GCCACGCGGGGCGGCGCUGCUGCGCGGAGGCCACAGGACCGGGCGGGCAAACGAGAGGCCGGGGCGCGCCGCGGCCUUAUCCGCAGCAACCAUCCCCGCGCCUCUUCACGCCGCGCCACGCCGUCCGCACCAUGGCCACCAAUGGCGACCCCCACCGCCACUGCGCUCUCCUGCUCCUGCCGCCCCUCACCCUCCUCCUCCUCCUCCUCCACCGCUGCCUUCCGCCGGCUGAACAUCGCCUCCGUUUCCAGUGGACCGCCUCCUCGCCGCCGCCGCCUCCGUCUCGCGCCGCUGCACGUUGUCGAUGACUCGAAGGAGGUGCAGGCGGAGGCGAGCGCCGCCGCCGAUCUUCCCGAGGAGAGGUCUCAGACGGAUAAGAUGGUCGACGGCAUGGAUUUCGGGAAGCUCUGCAACGACUUCGAGUGCAUAAGCAGCCCCUACGUGGAGUCCACGGCGAGGCAGAUAGCGCGGGACAUCCUCGAGCUGCGGGAGGACAACCGGGCAUUCAACUGCUAUGCCGUCUCCGUCAAAUACAAGGAUCCGUUCAGGACAUUUGUUGGACGUGACAAGUACAUGAGGCCACUGUGGAUCACCAAGGCAUUGGAAAACCCUGUAGUGACAGUCCAGGAAAUGUCAAUGCAAUCGACAAGUAAUCUGACCAUCAAGUGGGCAUUCAGAGGGAAGCCUAAGAAUCCAUUCUUUGCAACCAUUGGAGGAGAUGUCAUUGUCCAUGUUGAAUCCCAGUUCGUGUUGAACCAGAUAAGUGGCCAAGUGCUCGAACAGGUAGACUCCUGGGACCUCUCUGCCUCGUCUCUUCCUGCCCAGACCUACUUCUGGUUGUCAAGAAGGGUUUACUCUACUGUUGAGUCUGGGAAGGACACAAUCGAAGCUGCUAAGAGCACGGCAUCCGGGCUGUCAACAAAGGAAGAUCAGAAUUUAGAGGCUUAUCCGGAUCCUUCUGGUGAUCCUACAAAGUUCUUUCAAAGGCCAGAUGAUGGAUUCAAUCAAGAUGUGUACCAGAUUGGGCUUUUGCUGGCCGUGAUCUACUUCAUUGUACAAUUUCUGAAAACAACUCUGUGAUCGCGCACCAGUUUCAACAAAUUCGCCAAAUCCUCCGGGUGUAGUACUGUAGUAUGUGUAUACAUUGCAUGUAACUAUGUCUAGCAAAACUGUUUCAUAUAGGUACGCCACCAUCUUAAGUGGAAGAGAUUUGAGACUUUCAGACAGUUGAUGAUCCAUUCUUGCUGAUAUUAGUCUGGCUUUUUUCCCCUGCGAGCUAUUAAUUUGGCAGUCAUGACUUCGUGUUGUCACUUAUGUGUAGCCAAGUUGUUGAGUCUUAGUGUAUUAAUGGCAUACAUUUUUAGAAGGUUUACGGCACCAGUGGAAGUUUUCCCUAUUUUGUGUUGAAACCUAUGGAUGCAAAUAUUUUAAUUUUAAAAAGUAUAUGGCAAUAUAUUUUUCCCCUUGAA